AUGACGAAGACGUUCUCGCUUGACCAAGUCGCGUCCCACAACUCCCCGAGCUCAUGCUGGGUCAUCAUCAGCAACAACGUGUACGAUGUCACGGAGUUCCUCCCGAGCCAUCCAGGAGGUACCAAGAUCAUCCUGAAGUACGGCGGGAAGGACGCCACGUCCGCGUAUGAGCCCAUACACCCUCCGGAUGCUCUGGAGAAGAACUUGCCGCCUGAGAAGCAUCUAGGCCAGCUUGAUAGCGCCGCCGCCAGUGCCGUCGAGCAGGCUGCUGCAAACAAGAAGAAGACCGUGGACGAGCUCCGUGUGGAGGCGGCCAGAAAGAAAUUGCUGCCAUUGAGCCGUAUGUUGAGUGUCCUGGAUAUGGAGAAAGCCGCGCAUCAAGUUUUAUCACAUAAAGCAUGGGCAUAUUACUCGUCCGCCGCGGAUGAGGAACUGACCAACAAGGAGAACGCACGCGCCUUCUCGCGCUACUACUUCCAUCCUCGCGUAAUGCGCCCUGUGGCGCACUGCGAUCCAUCCACCACCAUCCUCGGCUUCAAGUCUACAAUCCCGGUUUUCGUCAGCGGUGCCGCUCUUGCGCGCCUCGGACACCCACUUGGCGAAGCGAACAUCACCCGCGGCGCCGGCCAGAGCGGCAUCGUACAGAUGCCGCUCUUCUUCCAGCUGUACAAGCACCGGGACGACAAGAUCGCGGAGCAGCGCGUCCGCGAUGUCGUCGCGCUCGGCUACAACGCCAUCUUCCUCACCGUCGACGCGAUCGUCGCCGGCAACCGCGAGCGCGACAUCCGCGCCCCGUACGAGCUCGAGGAGCAGGAGGCCGAGGCCGAGCGCGCGGCGAACCCGGACAAGGCCACAGGCGAGGCGGACAUGCCGCAGACGAAGGUCGAGGGCCCGGACCCGAACCUGAUGGGCACCGCGGGCGCGCUCGUCGCGAACGACGACAUCGACAUGACUUGGGAGCGCACCAUCCCGUGGCUGAGGUCGGUCACGACGCUGCCCAUCGUGAUCAAGGGCGUGCAGUGCGUGGAGGACUGUGUCGCGGCCGCAGAGGCCGGGUGUGACGGCGUGUUGAUCUCGAACCAUGGUGGUCGCCAGCUUGAAUACUCGUUGCCUGGUAUUGAGGUGCUUUACAGGCUUCGCAAGCAACGACCAGAUGUCUUUGACAAGCUCGAAGAUGUACUGAAGGCUUUGUGUUUGGGUGCUAAGGCCGUGGGGAUGGGUCGUGCGUUCCUCUACGCGCAGAGUGGUGUCAUCAAGACUAUUGUCCGUGGGAUGCAGCUGCUCGGCGCGAGCAAUGUCAAGCAGCUUGUGCCGGAGAUGGUGGAGCGUGUUGAUUGGCAACCGCUCACCCCGAAGUUGUGA